AACUUAUAGUUGUUUAUGCAAUGCACUUGUAAUUGCUAGUAUUGGACACCAGGAGGCGAUGUUUUACAGAGGAAACACUGACGCAAGCUUUUAAGUUAUGACCCAAUCUUUAGGAAAUGCUUUUAUUUUGAAACUCCCACCGGAUGCAACAUGACGUGACGUUUUCUGACGCGGUUUAGAGGCGGAUCCACGCAGCAUCAGCGGGGUGUGUUUAUGUUCCCACGCAUGAAGGUGAGCAGGGAGAAGCGGCGGCAUGGUGAUGAUCGGACACUUUGCGCAUUUGGAGCGGCGCUGCGCGCAGUGAGUGCGCAGUGAGUGCGCUGGUUGGAGCGGCUCCAGGGAUGCUGCGGCUGCUCUGGCUGCAACCCGGGGCUGCGCCCUCCACCUCCGCCUCUCCACGCGUUGCCCCCCAUCCCAGUCUGUAAGAUGGGGACCAGUUUGUCCAGUCUGGCAGCCUUCCAGUCGCUGCACAUCGUCAUGCUGGGUCUGGACUCUGCCGGGAAGACCACCGUCCUCUACCGGCUCAAAUUCAACGAGUUCGUCAACACGGUUCCCACCAUCGGCUUCAACACGGAGCGGAUCCGGCUGGGCGGCCCGGGCGCCUCCCGGGGCAUCAGCUGCCACUUCUGGGACGUCGGGGGCCAGGAGAAGCUGCGGCCCCUGUGGAAGCCCUACAGCCGCUGCACGGACGGCAUCGUGUACGUGGUGGACUCCGUGGACGCGGAGCGGCUGGAGGAGGCCCGCGCCGAGCUGCACCGGAUCACCCGCUUCCAGGAGAACCAGGGGACCCCGCUGCUGGUCAUCGCCAACAAGCAGGACCUGCCGCGGGCCCUGGACGUGGGGGACAUCGAGAGGCAGCUGGCCCUGUCCGAGCUGAGCCCGUCCACGCCGUACCACGUCCAGCCGGCCUGCGCCAUCAUCGGAGAGGGGCUGGACGAGGGCAUGGACAAGCUGUAUGAGAUGAUAGUGAAGAGGAGGAAGACUCUGAAGCAGAGGAAGAAGAAGUAAAGUUUAUAUGAAAGGAAAAACAUUUGAUUCCCUCCAUCAGAAUGGAGGAUCAGAGCCACUGAAGACGGAAACAGAUCCGUGGAAAAUUCUGAGCUACUAAAGUCUAAAACUUGCAAGACAAGAAAUCUGACAUUUUUAGAUUAAUUUCAGGAAUUUUACUGAAAAACCUUUAAAAUUCAGAGUUAAAAAAGUAAAACAAUUGCUAGAAAAAAAUAGAAAUUCUGAGAUUAGUUUCAUGAAUUCUCCAUAAAAAUCCUGAAAUGGAGAUUUUUGGAUUAAUCUCCAUUUCUGAGUUUUCUUUUCUAACCGAUUUUUUGAUUUUUCACAUUUAGAAAUGUUCUUGUUUUUUCUAGAAUAUUUUUUAGAUUAAGUUCCAGAUUUCUGAGGUUUUUUCUCACAAAUGUUUUGACCUUUAGAGCUCAGAAAUGUGAGUUUUCUCAAUCUCCUCCAACGUUUUUCUUUAUCCACAGUGGAGACAUCUUGCUCUAAAACAUUCAUCAUAAAAUCUGAUUUAUGGAUAAAUUUAACGUUUUGAGAAGAAGACGGACUCAGAUCCACGGUUUGGAUCCUUUAAUCUUCCUCUCGUGUCAUUUUCUUUAAACAUUUUGUUUGUGUUCAAAACGGUGAAGAUUCAGACAAACUGGAUGUUUAACAGAAUAAUUAGCACUAAGCAUUCAUCAGUCAUAACUGGAUAAAGUCUAAAAUCACUAAAACCUUUGUUGGUUUUGACAGUUUGCUGAAAUUGUUUCCAUAAAUCCAUUUAUUAAAAGUUCCAUCUCUAAUAAUUCCUGCUAGUUAAAUCACACCAAAUCCUUAGGAAUUAUUAUUUUAGAAUAUUUUAUCAUUUAUUGUAACCAAAUGUUUUUGACUUGUUGCUGAUUUAAUGCAGACAUCAGGACACAAAGUCUUCCUUACAUAAACUUGUAGUUAUGCAAAACCUGCAGGCUGAACCUGAAGCUGCUUCGUUUUAAAAGCUUCAGGAUUGCAGAGCAAACGGACUGGACGUCUGAACGACAGGAAGUGAUGUCGUUCAGAUGGACUGGACGUCUGAACGACAUCACUUCCUGUCGUUCAAACGGACUGGACGUCGGACCGACAUCACUUCCUGUCGUUCAAACGGACUGGACAUCUGAACGACAGGAAGUGAUGUCGUUCAGAUGGACUGGACGUCUGAACGACAUCACUUCCUGUCGUUCAAACGGACUGGACGUCGGAACGACAGGAAGUGAUGUCGUUCAGAUGGACUGGACGUCUGAACGACAUCACUUCCUGUCGUUCAAACGGACUGGACAUCUGAACGACAGGAAGUGAUGUCGUUCAGAUGGACUGGACGUCUGAACGACAUCACUUCCUGUCGUUCAAACGGACUGGACGUCGGAACGACAGGAAGUGAUGUCGUUCAAACGGACUGGACGUCUGAACUACAUCACUUCCUGUCGUUCAAACAGACUGGACGUUUGAUUCACAUCCUGAAUUGUGUCAAAGCUUCACAUCUGAACCGAACUAACAGCAUGUUGGUCCAGCUGGUGAAUAUGUGUAGCCCCCAGCGGUCAGUGCUCCUGGUUGCUCCUGGUUGCUCCUGGUUGCUCCUGGUUGCUCCUGGUUGCUCCUGCAUGGCAGCUGCUCUGAUUCCAGACAAUAUUUAUCUGUAUCUGUGUGUUGAAGCCAAACUACAGCGAGACCAAACAAUGUGUUGUAAAUGUAAGAAAGUAUUUUUGGGAUUAAAAUCUUUAUAAAUGA